AUGGCCAAGGCGGAACCAAUCGCCUCUGAAGGCCCGCGUGAGUGGGAAAUGCUCAAGUACAUACCAACCGCUGCUUUUGUCUGCCGCCUGCUUGGGUUAACUGUCAUUCUCCAAUGCGAUGGAUAUGCCUCUUGCUUCACCACGAACACGAUCACUGGAGAUGCUCCUUGUUCCGACGCCAUCUUGAAUGCCCUCUCACAGCUGGCCGCAUUCCGUAUCCAGGCUCGCCGCGCCAUCAUCUCAUUCUUUGACCGUAAGUACCAGCACAUUGUCGCCGAGGCCACCCAGUCGUCUCCCAUUGGCCCUUGUUCGGGCGGCAUCAGUGACCGGCUCUGGCCCUCUGGGAUUAGCCCUCGUGGCGACAGCAUCUGCGAACAUGUCCUUCAGUUUCGGAGCAUGAAACCUACCUCUUUGGAUCGCGAUGUAGGACCGGAGGUCUCGGUCAUUCCUGACCUUGCCGAAGAUGGCCACUCGCAUAGUGGCUCAUGCGUGCAAGGGCACCCUUAUCAUCGAUUCUAUUGCGGUGUACCUAUCCAGACCCCCAGAGGAUUCAACAUCGGUGUCUUGAGCGUGUUUGAUGACAGUCCUAGGCCUAGUGGUCUAGAUCAGGCGUCCAUACAGCUCCUAAGGGAUCUCUCUAAGACCAUCAUGUCCUACCUGGAGACACGUCGCGCCACAGAAAAUUUCAUUCGCAGUGAGCGCAUGAUGAAUGGCCUUAGCCACCUGAUCCGUGGCAAUAACGAUGCUACCAACGACGUUUCCAGCUCUAGCAAGCGCGACAGCCGGACUCACAGUUUUCAGCGAGACGACUCAUCUAGCAAUCAUGUCUCCAGCAAUCACAUAAUGAAGACUAGCGCAAGCCUACAGGAUAGCCCCGAGUGCUCGAAUGGGACUACGAAUAAACUUCCCUUACCUUUCAGCAAGCCAGCAGCUCUAGCUUCACUAAGUCCAGCCACCCGUCUUCAGACCAACACAUCGCAUUUUGUUGACCCCCAGAAAGUUGAGUUUGCAAGCAUGCUCAGCAAGGCAGCGGAUAUCGUCUGUAAUUCACUGAAGGUUGACGGCGCACUCUUUCUUGAUGCAGGCGUCAAUUCGAUUGGGGCUCCUACAGACCAUGAGAAUAAGUCGUUACACUCUGUGAACGAUUCCUCAUCUAGCAGCGAGGAUAGCUCGGCGGACCACGUCAGCAAUAUCCAGAACAAGAGACCUUGCACCAUACUUGCCCUCUCCACCGCUGAUCAAGCUAUACUGGACCUAGUCCAACCAGGUUUGAAAAUAUCUCUCAAUCAGAAGACCCUUAAACGACUCAUUUCCCGCUAUCCAAAUGGAAAGAUUUUCAGUUUCGAGGAGUCGGGCUCGUUGUAUUCAGGGGAGUCAUCAUCCGGGGAGGAGACAGACCCCAAUCUUCCCGAUAUCCGAACGGCAAAGACGGCCGCAGAUAACAAGCCCACCUACUCGCGCAAGGAUGAAGCCAGGCCCGUUGCCGAGCUAUUUGCCGGGGCGAGGAGUGUUGCAUUAGUCCCCAUUUGGGAUCCCUCCCGAAACCGCUUUUACGCUUGCGGCCUCGUCUGGAGCAAGACAGCCGCUCGCAUUCUCACACCAGAAGCGGACCUGCCGUACCUGAAGGCUCUUGGGAUUGUCACCAUGGCUGAGAUCAACCGAAUAGACAUAACACUAGCCAACAAGGCUAAGGCGGAUCUGCUAGGCACGUUAAGCCACGAGCUCCGUUCGCCGCUCCAUGGAAUCUUAGCCGGUGCUGAGCUUUUGGCCGGUACUUCACUCGACCUGUUUCAGCAAGAAGUUGUACACGCGUUGGAAAUAUCCGGAAAGACACUGCUUGACACCAUCGAUCACCUAUUGGUAUUCAGUAAAGUGAACACUAUCUCGCGAGUGUUGAAGUCGCAAAACGAGCACAGGAGACUUCAUAGCCCUUCCAGAGCUGGUAAACACGACGGGGAGAUCAGAGAAAAUGCUGGGCCCCAGAUGCAGUCUCUAUGCUCGGAUGUUGCAUUGGACAGACUCGCCGAAGAAGUCAUCGAAACUGUCACCAUUGGUCACAGUUUCCACUACGCAGUCAUGCCACAGGGGCCAAGAUGGCUCCCGCCAGAUGCAGACCUGGUUGGCAAGGUACAAAUUACAGUAGAUAUAGACCAUCGCAAGCCGUGGUUAUUUCGCACUGCACCUGGUGCUAUCCGCCGCAUCCUCAUGAAUAUCCUGGGCAACGCCCUGAAGUACACGUCCCAAGGUCAUGUGAAAAUCAGUCUCAAGCAGGAAAAGGGCAUCUCAUACAAAGGACCGCGAAAGUCAACUACCGUAGUCCUUACCGUUUCGGAUACGGGUAAGGGCAUUGGGGAUGAAUUUCUGCACAACAAACUCUUCGUUCCAUUCUCCCAGGAAGACUCACUUGCUGUAGGUACCGGUCUCGGACUCAGCAUUGUGAAGCAGAUUGUCACAUCACUCGGCGGUUCCAUUGGCGUUCGGAGCCAUGUCGGCAAGGGCACGACCGUGUCAGUCUCCUUGCCACUAGCUUGCGCUGACCCUGAAAGUGACAACCCUGGAAAGGCAGAGCGGGAAGAAGAGCCAAUGGGUUUCGAUGGCAACAUUCUUGAUUCUAUCCGGGUGGCGGCUGUGGGAUUCACCCGCGUCCCGUGUACUGCUGCCGAGGUCAACAGCGAGGCACAACUUCCACUGGAAAGUCUGCCUCUGAAGUGGUUCAACAUCAACCUCUGGGAAGCUGAGAAGAAUGAUCCUGCCGCCCCUGGCCCUGAUAUCAUCAUUUACAGUGAGGCCGCCUUUAGCAAACUUGAUGAAAAUGCAAUCAACGGCCACCUCCUGCCGGGGGUCGUGAUAUGUCACAACGCCGGAACUACUGUAAAGCUAGACACACUGUACAGGGAGUCUGGCACAAAGUCUGUAUUCGAGUUCAUUCACCAGCCGAACACGCCCCAAAAAUUCGGCAGGAUCCUGAGCUACGCUCUCAAUCGCUGGAAGCAGCUCCAAACAACAGACACUCUGAGGGACUCAGAAGGAUCUAGGAAUAAUACUGACGAGUUUCUUCUUCCCGUAUCGAGCGCAUGCAGUAAUCGGUCAUGGAGUUGGACGAAUCGAGAACAGUCUAGUGAGAGUUCGUCAUCUGCGGAUAGCCAGCCUGACCAGCAGGCGAAUCCGAAUUCCAACCUCAAUGGACCGAUCAAAUCUGAGGAUCAAGGGCCUCUAUCCAAACAGACACGCGAAAGUGGCACUGACAACUCAGUAACCGAAGAAGGCUUUGUCGAACCGCAUUCCAUGUUUCUUCUUGUAGAUGACAACUCGAUUAAUCUGAAAGAAUUAUCGCACGGCUGUGAACGGUUUCGAGGCUCUGAAGACGUUCCAGCUAAACCCGGAGAGAUUUUGCUGCGUCCUAAUGGGUACCUCCAGCCCCUAGACCCUACUGAGAAGCCGAGGCUAAUGAGCAUGCCAGAUAUCAAUAUGCCAAUAAUGGAUGGUCUUGAAGCGACGCGACUCAUCCGUAAAUUUGAGAGGGAUAAUCACCUCAAGCCUGUCACCAUCAUCGCUAUUACUGGUCUCGCAACAGACGGUGCUAGAGAUGAGGCGUUUGCGAGCGGCCUUGACGUCUUCCUGACACGGCCAGUCAGUUUGGGUCAACUUGUACCAGUACUUAAAGAGAGGGGAGUUAAUGAAGCGAAGGCCAGUACCGAGUAA